AACACUUCCGCUAAACUUCCUCUGCUUUACUUUCAUUGUUGACAGUUUAACUACUGAAAAAAUAGUUAAAAAUUGGAUUAACAGCAGUCAGUUCAUCUGGAAUGACACGUGGUUCGUUUAUUAGACGAGUAGCCGCUGCGUCAGUUGUGUGGGAAAUACUCUCAUGUUUUCUUCACUGUUAGUGAGCUUAGUUAAGCAGCUAGCCGUCUAGCCUGCUGUUCAGCUCCUGUGUGUCUGGGAAUCUGCACUGAAAGCCAAGAUUAUGUUUCUCGGUGUGCUUUUGUUAUGCUUUUACUUGUUUUGAAUAACCUGUGCAGCAUGGAAUCUGAGGGAAUCGUUAUUCGGAUAAAGACACCGGUGGGAGACAUGGAUUCAUCAGUGGACUGUCCAUCACAUCUCAACUUCAACGAUUUGCUGGCCGCGAUCAGAGAUGUCAUGCCUGAAGCCACAGUCACAGCUUUUGAAUAUGAGGAUGAAGUUGGCGACCGAAUCACAGUUCGCAGUGAUGAGGAGCUCAAAGCCAUGCUGUCAUAUUAUUGCAACACAGUGAUGGAGCAACGCAUCAAUGGACUGUUACCUGAGCCUUUACAGAUAUUUCCACGAGCCGGUAAGACCCCAGGGAUCCGCAACAUACACGGCCUGAAGGUGAACACGCGGCCCGAAUCCUCGAGUGGCAGGGGCUCCUCUGCGGCUGAUUCCCGGUCCAAUGAUAGCAGUUUAAAGAAAUCUUCAGCUGAGCUUAAGAAGAUUUUGACGAAUGGACAGAUAAAUGAACAUGACCUCCAGUACCAGGAGCAGCUUGGCCAUGGAAAUGGCGGAACAGUUUACAAAGCUUACCACUUGCUUGGGAAGAGAAUUGUAGCGGUGAAGGUUAUUCCUCUCGAUAUCACCGUGGAGCUCCAGAAGCAGAUCAUGUCAGAGCUUGAGAUCCUUUAUAAGUGUGAUUCUCCAUACAUCAUAAAGUUCUACAGUGCUUUCUUUGUGGAGAACAGAAUAUCGAUAUGCACUGAGUUUAUGGAUGGUGGCUCUCUGGAUGUCUACUGGAGAAUCCCAGAGCAUGUCUUGGGCAGAAUUGCUGUUGCGGUGGUAAAAGGAUUAACGUACCUCUGGAGCCUGAAGAUUUUACACAGAGAUGUGAAACCCAACAUGCUGGUUAACACACGGGGUCAGGUCAAACUGUGUGACUUUGGAGUCAGCACACAGUUGGUGAACUCCAUUGCUAAAACGUACGUUGGAACCAAUGCAUACAUGGCGCCAGAGCGGAUAUCAGGGGAACAGUAUGGUAUUCACUCAGACGUGUGGAGCGUUGGAAUCUCUUUCAUGGAGUUGGCGCUGGGCUCUUUUCCAUAUCCACAGAUUCAAAAGAACCAGGGCUCUUUAAUGCCUCUUCAGUUAUUGCAGUGCAUUGUUGAUGAGGAUCCUCCGGUGCUUCCAAUUGGUCAGUUCAGUGAGAAAUUUGUUCACUUCAUUACACAAUGUAUGAGGAAGCAACCCAAAGAAAGACCAGCUCCAAACAAUCUUAUGGACCACCCCUUUAUCAUGCAAUAUAAUGAUGGCAACACGGAGGUCGUGUCCAUGUGGGUGUGCCGCAGUCUAGAGGAGCGCAAAAGCCAGCAAGCACAGGGACUCAUGUGAGCAGCAGCAGCACCGGGAUAAUAUGGUGUCCACAUUUCCUCACUUUACUCUUCCACUGAACCUAGAGACGCAGCGGCUGAUCUCGCAGCACCUCACAUAGAGCACCUCCUCCCAACCUUGAAUUAAAUGGUGCAUGGUGAGAGAACUGCUACGGGUCUAAUGCAGAUUAUGCUAGCAUCCUGCAAAUGAGGAUUUUAACCGUGUGUGUUGGUUUGUGUUGAUGCAAAUCUUUAACUUUGUUCUUCUGCAGUGGGUUUCUUUUGACUUGCUGUGCAGAUUCCAAAGUAAAUGUUUUCGCAGAAGAUCCUUGCAGGGGGUUGUUGCUUGCUCGACUCAGAUUUCGCUCCUGUGGGUUUGGAUUUGAGAGAAAACACUGUCUCUGUCUGUACUUAAAGCAACAAUCUGGUUUUGCCAAAACAUUGUGGGCAUGUCAUAAAUCAUCUCAGUUUUUAAAUAUAUGGGCUUGUGUCAAGCCUUGCUCCCUGCUGCAGUGCAAGUCAUGCUGCUGUUGUUUUAAAAGCCACUUUUGGUUGAGUUUCACAAAUGGCCUUCCAGUUGUGGCAAUACACCAUUGAAGAUGGAAAAAUGUGAUGCCUUGUUAUGGUGGAAGGCUUGUGUGGAUGAGCUUUUAGAUAGUCCAGCAGCAGCCGACUGUAGUGAUACACGAGAGGCCAGUGGGUUUGGUUCUUGCCCUCAUCCAGUAUAAGCCCAGCUGUGAACUUUAUUCAAGGGGUUCAUGGGAAUUGGUUACUUUGAUUUGGGCAUUGCCUUAAUCUCUCUCAUAAAAAGGUAAUUUUAUACACUUUUAGCUCUAUGUACACUACUGUUUAAAAGUUUGUAAUCGGUAAGUAAGGAAGAAUUCAAUUGAACAAAAUUGACAGUAAAGACUGUUGCCAAUUAAUGUUCUUUUGAACUUCCUGCAAAAAGUACCACGUUUGCCUCAAAAAUAUGAAGCGGCACAACUGUUUUCAACACUGAUAAUAAGAAGAAAUAUUUCUUGAACACCAAAUCAGCAUAUUAGAAUGAUUUCUGAAGGAUCAUGUGACACUGGAGACUGCUGUAAAUUCAGCUCUGCCAUUGCAGGAAUAAGUUACAUUUUAAAACAUAUUUUAAAUAGUAAUACUAUUUCACAGCAUUAAUUUUUUUACUAUAUUUGUGAUCAAAUAAAUGAUGCCUUGGUGAGCACAAGAAACCGCUUUCAAAAAUCUUACUGACCACAAACCUUUGAGUGGAAGUGUACGUUUUAAAAUCGGACAAGUGUGGUUAAUAUUUCCCCAUGUCUUUGAUGAAAGAAAAACUCUAAAAUGAACUUCAGAUGGGAUUUCAGAUGAGAACCUGUGUAUUCUUAGAUCACAUUAGCAGAUGCAGAUUAGUGCAGCAGGUGCAAGAAUGGCAAUAGUGACUCAUAAGCACCCUUUUAAACCUGAAUUCCUGUUUCUCUUUAUAGUGAACCAAAUAGUGAACAAAGUCCUUAUACAACAUAUGCAUCUAAAGUCACUGACUUAACUUCCUUCCUUCACUUAGGGUUUUAUCAAAGCAAAUUAGCAACAUCCUUACAUUAACCACAUCAGGUCAUCACAUCUGCCUUCUUUUCUUAUAUUUAUGUGCCAUUUUAAUGUCUUGUCAGUAUUACUUUAAGGACUUUUUUAAAUGCAAGUGCCAGAUAUUUUAAUUAGAUAUUGUUGUUCGUCCCUGCCUGUGUCUUUUGAAUUAUUACACCAGUGGAUAUGACUGCCAUCACACAAUUGAAGAAGAGCAUUUUAUAUAAUGGAGAAUGUGUACAGUUCUGAAAAUGUAGUCGUCACAUACCAAAGCCAAAUACAUUAUUGCAUUGUUGGGUUUUUUUAAGCUUUAUUAUAAGUUAUAUUAUUUUUUGCACCUAUGUCUUAAUAUGUACAACGGUCUCAAAUUAAUUUCUUAGAUUUUAAUGACAACUGGCCAAAACUAAAUAUAUGAGGAACAAAAAUAACCAUGUGACUACCUAAUGCAGAUGAGGUGAGGUUUGCACAUAAAUGUGAUUUUUCCCAAUAAAACCUUUCAGGUCUCAUUGUUUCA